AUGAGUGAUUCCUCCUCAUCUGAUUCCACCAAGUCCUUCUUCGACCCAGCGUUGGCUGUCUCCAACAUCAAAAAUCACAUCUCCAUUGCUCUCGAGAUGGAAAACGUCCACUAUGGGACAUGGGCGGAACUCUUCAAAAUCCACGCCAAAUCCCACAGAGUCCUCCACCAUAUCAUUCCACCGGAGUCCGGGAAAGAAAAGGUGCCCAAAACCGAUGCUGAAAAAGAGUUAUGGUCGACUUUUGAUGCCACGGUUCUUCAAUGGAUUUAUGCUGCCAUCUCUACUGACCUAUUGCAUACUAUCAUUAAACCCGACUCCACGGCCAUGGAUGCUUGGAAUAGGCCGCGUGACAUAUUCCAGGACAACAAAAAUUCUCGAGCCAUCACUCUUGAGUAUGAAUUUUCUCACACCAAUAUGGAAGACUUCCCUAAUGCUUCCGCGUAUUGUCAACGACUCAAGAUUCUAUCCGAUCAACUCAAGAAACGUCGGUGCUCCAGUCUCCAACAAUUGCUUCAUUCUUCAAAUGGCUUUACCAAACAGCUUGCCACGGGAUCCACUACUGCCAUGCUUGCUCGGGAUUACGAUGAUAAUCCCUCUUCUGGAAAUAACCACCCAAACUGUCAGAAUAAUAGUGGGAAAAAGCAUCAAAACCGCAGUAACAAUGGUGGAAAGAACCGUGGCAGAGACGGUGGCAAUAGGGGCAGUGGCAACCGAAACAGUGGUGGUUUCGGUGGUGGACGCGGCAGCUGGCAGCAACACCAUGACCAGCAGCAACAAUGGCAACAGCCUUGGAUGGGGAAUGCACAGCAAUAA